AUGGCCAUCUUCUAUAUGUUAGGCCCAGUGCCAGACGAAGUUCAGACAGACCCAGCUCCUGGUCUCAAGAAAUUUGGAGAGCAGUUAAAUAACCAGUGGUUGCCACAUUGUAUGGGAAGUGUUGUGCAGGAAAAUAAAUGGCCUUUAUUCUCUUUUCUAGUUUUCUUUGAAACAUGUUCUCAGCUUCCUGAAGGAAAAACUGCUACAAAGGAGAUGAUUCAUACAACACUGGAGUGUGUGAAAAAUAAUUUGACCAUCACAGAGAAAGUCUGGAGCUGUUGUCCAAAGAGGUGGAUGUCAUUUAGUUCCAAAUGCUACUUUAUUUCUACUGAACUAAGAUCUUGGAAUGAAAGUCAGAAGAACUGCUCUGAAAUGCGGGCUCACUUGCUGGUGAUCAACACCAAGGAAGAGCAGGAUUUCAUCAUCCAGAAUCUGAAUAAAAAUUUUGCUUAUUUUGUGGGGCUGUCAGAUCCAGAGGGUCAGAGACACUGGGAAUGGGUUGAUCAGACACCAUACAAUGAUAAUGCCACGUGA